GUGGCAUUCGACUUUCGGCACGCCCAGUGCCGCCACUGUGGGGUCCCCGGUUCCAUGCUCCUCAUUCUCCGGUUUCGGGAGCCUACGGAUCAGUCAUGGCUCGCCGACACAAACCGUCACGCAGGACCCUUCUUCCAAUCUCCGGCACUUUUUGAGAUCUCGUCAGUCUUUCUAGUCACACAAGAAGCAAGACAAGAAUCAACAAUAUGGCGCCGAAUCUACCACCCAUCCCGUCCUUCGACGACCUUCCCCUCGACAAGUCCGGCCCACCAGGUAAUGCGUGGGGCCUCUACGGCCCGGACGACGAGCUCGGCCGGCUGAACCUUCUGACACCGGAGACCACGGCCGCGGCAGCCGCCGAGAUCAGGGAGGGCCUGCGCAUCCGGCUCGACUGGCCGCUCGACAAGCCCUCGUACCCGACGUUCGAGCGGCGGCGCUUCGAGCACCGCGUGCUGGAACAGGGCCCCCAGGUUAUGAACGACGACGUCAUCCACAUCAACACCCAGAGCAGCACCCAGUGGGAUGGCUUCCGGCAUUUUGCGUUUCAGAAGUCAGGCAAGUUCUUCAUGAACCACACGCGGGCCGACUUUGCACAAGGGAGCACAAAGCUGGGCAUUGACGCCUGGGCGCAAAAGAAAGGAGGCAUAAUCGGCCGCGGCGUCCUGAUCGACUGGUUCUCCUGGGCCCAGCGCAACGACAUCCACCUGGACCCCUUCCAGUCGGGCGCCGUCGAGAUGUCCCACAUACGCGCCAUCAUUGCCGAGCAGGACCUCUCCUUCAAGCAGGGCGACAUACUCUUCAUCCGCGUCGGGUUCACGGCCAAGUACAACUCCCUCACCCCGCAGGAGCAGCAAGGGUUCCCCGACAGGCAGCCCGGCGGCCUGCUGGGGCUCGAGGCGACCAUGGACUCGCUGCGAUGGGUCUGGGAGUCCGGGUUCGCGGCGGUGGCGUCGGACUCGCCCAGCUUCGAGCGCGGGCCCACCAACGGGCCGUAUAAUGAUCCGGACGUGAGUUUUCAUCAGUGGGGGCUUGCCGGGUGGGGACUGCCGUUGGGAGAGAUGUUUGAUCUGGAGGAGCUGGCCGAGGCGUGUCGCGAGAGGGGCAGAUGGACGUUCUUUGUGUGUUCGCUGCCUAUGAGGGUAAGUACUCUUUUCUCUUUUUCUUGUUCUCUUGGGCUAUAUUUCCGUGCCCACAAGUAGCCGUGAUCUUGAUACGUGAUCCAGACCGUACCAAGCAGCUGGCCGUCGUGAUUCAAUGGCCUGCCAACUUAUACGACAUACUGAUUCUUCAUGAUGAUUUAGAUCCCAGAAGGCGUCGCCUCGCC